AUGAAUCCCGCCCUUUCUAAAUUCAUCCUGAAAGCGACCCCUGACAGCAUCUUGAACCCUUCGCCCGACAUGAACACUGCUAUUCCUCUCAACACUGGCGCGACCAUCCCUGCCCUGGGACUGGGAACGUGGCAGUCUGCGCCUGGAGAAGUGAAGAAGGCCGUUGUGCAUGCGAUUGAGUCCGGCUACAGACAUAUCGACUGCGCAUUCUGCUACCAGAACGAAGAUGAGGUCGGCGAAGCACUCCAAGAUGUCAUAUCGCGCGGCAUCGUGAAGCGCGAGGAGCUCUUCAUCACCAGCAAGCUGUGGUGCACAUUCCACACUCGUGCGGAAGAAGGACUGCAAAAGAGCUUGGACAUGCUCAAGACACCAUACGUCGAUUUAUUCUUAGUACAUUGGCCUGUCCCCAUGAACCCUAAAGGAAACCACCCGCUCUUCCCCAAGCUCGAAGACGGCUCCCGCGACAUCGACCACAGCAUCACACACAUCCAGACAUGGCAGAACAUGGAGAAACUCAUCCAGUCAAAUCCUGACAAAGUCAAGGCCAUUGGUGUCGCAAACUACUCCGUCAAGUACAUGGAGAAGCUCCUCGCAAAGGCGACCAUCGUUCCUGCCGCCAAUCAGAUCGAGAACCACCCACUUCUGCCCCAGCAAGAAGUCGUCGAUUUCUGCAAAUCCAAGGGCAUCCAUAUCACAGCAUACAGCCCAUUGGGAAGCACAGGCUCGCCCCUGUUCAAGGAUGAGGGUAUCUUGGAAGUUGCGAAGAAACACGACGUCGGUCCCGCUACCGUGCUUCUGAGCUACCACCUUGCCCGCGGCGCUUCCGUCCUCGCUAAAUCCGUGACUCCCUCGCGCAUCGACGAGAACCGCAAACUUAUCCAGCUCGACGGCACGGAUAUGGAGAAGCUGGAGAGCAUCCACAAGACGAAGGGCAUUACGAGAUACGUGUACCCUCCAUUCGGUGUCAACUGCGGGUUCGCGGACAAGCCUGAUGGCAUCGAUCUGAGCGGCUGACUAGAUGUCGGAAGUAAACUGUGAAGGAAAUGAAAAAAGAAUGAGACUGUAGCUAUACCCAAUGUCUAUAACUGUUUACUGAGCCUGUCUAUCUUCA